AUACGAAUGGGUGGUUGGAGAGAUCAUUCGUCCUCCACUUCUCGUGCCAAAACAGAUUCGUCCUCCACUUCUCGCACCUCCGCAAAGAUGAGUUCGUCGACUCAAGGUGCAAACAAGCUGGAUAAGAGUCGUCGCAGCUGGACACCACGCGAGGAGGAGGUCCUAUUGGCCGCAUUGAAGGAGUUAGUGGUGAAUGGGAGGAAAUCGGACAAUGAAUUUCGCGCGGGGUACUUGACGAAGCUCGAAGAAGCUAUGCGGAAGGAAUUUCCAUCAACGGAUUUGAAGGGUAUGCCACACAUCAAUUCUAAGACGACAACGUGGAAGAGGGCUUAUAACUCACUGAUUGACAUACUUAAGAAUACUGGCAUCGGAUUCAAUGCAAACAAAACAUAUAUGAUAGAUUGCACCGACGAGCAAUGGCUAGGGAUUCUACAGAAGGAUUUAAACGCGCGUAAUAUGCGCUUUAAAAGCUGGCCUUAUCUUGACGCUUGGAGAGAGAUCUUCGGGAAGGAUCGAGCUAAUGGAGAUGAAGCUGAAGACAUUAUGGAAGCAGCCCACGACAUGUAUCGUAACAUCGACCUAAACGGAGACCUUGGCGAUGGAGCAUACCAUGUACCAUUCGAUGAUAUAUUUCACAAUAUUGAGAAGGACGAAAGCACGAGUCAAACACAACAGCCCGAGGUAGUAUCGCGGGUGACCAACAAGUAGCGAAAGACCAAUGACGGCUUCGGGAUCCUGUGUAAUGCGCUGGUAGAAUUAAGUCGCGAAACGGGCGGUAAGUUGGACACAAUAUCAUCAAGGAUUGGACACGAUGUUGAUGUAGCUGCAGCAAGGAAGGCGGUAUAUGCAGAGCUUAGUGCUAUUCCCGGAUUAUCUCAAAAGGCAGUCUUUGAAGUGUGCGAUUUCCUCGCUAAGGAGACAGAACGCCUGGACAUCUUCACGUCACUGCCUCAUGAAGCAAAACUAGAAUAUGUCAGACACUUGCUCGAAGAAAAGUACAAAGUUUGAAGUGUCGUCGUCCACGCCGUUUAAGCUCGCUGUGAAGAAGCCUACUUAUUAGCUAGUAUCUACUGAAUCUCUAAUGACAUGUCCUAAACUUAUCUUUAACUCAGUGCUUUUGUGAUGACUCUAGUACUAAUCAUUUGUAUGUGACGCCGAACGCCAUUAAUUAUAUCCUAGGCACUAUGUUUAUGUAUGUAGUAGCUGCUUUCAUUUUGUCUUAAUCUAAUCUAAAGCUUCGUGCUUAA